GCCCGCCCCGGCCCGCCCCGAGCGCAGAGAGAUCACCUCCGCCCGUCACCUCCUCCCCUUGUCGCCUAGGUCCACCCAAGCCCCCUCCCCCGGGCCGCCCCCGAGCACGAAGUUGGCGGGAGCCUAUAAAAGCUGGUGCCGGCGCGACCCGCGGACACAGUGCAGGCGCCCGAGCCGCCGCCGCUAGAUCGGUGCCGAUUCCUGCCCUGCCCCGACCGCCAGCGCGACCAUGUCCCAUCACUGGGGGUACGGCAAACACAACGGACCUGAGCACUGGCAUAAGGACUUCCCCAUUGCCAAGGGAGAGCGCCAGUCCCCUGUUGACAUCGACACUCAUACAGCCAAGUAUGACCCUUCCCUGAAGCCCCUGUCUGUUUCCUAUGAUCAAGCAACUUCCCUGAGGAUCCUCAACAAUGGUCAUUCUUUCAACGUGGAGUUUGAUGACUCUCAGGACAAAGCAGUGCUCAAGGGAGGACCCCUGGAUGGCACUUACAGAUUGAUUCAGUUUCACUUUCACUGGGGUUCACUUGAUGGACAAGGUUCAGAGCAUACUGUGGAUAAAAAGAAAUAUGCUGCAGAGCUUCACUUGGUUCACUGGAACACCAAAUAUGGGGAUUUUGGGAAAGCUGUGCAGCAACCUGAUGGACUGGCCGUUCUAGGUAUUUUUUUGAAGGUUGGCAGCGCUAAAUCGGGCCUUCAGAAAGUUGUUGAUGUGCUGGAUUCCAUUAAAACAAAGGGCAAGAGUGCUGACUUCACUAACUUUGAUCCUCAUGGCCUCCUUCCUGAAUCCUUGGAUUACUGGACCUACCCAGGCUCACUGACCACCCCUCCUCUUCUGGAAUGUGUGACCUGGAUUGUGCUCAAGGAACCCAUCAGUGUCAGCAGCGAGCAGAUGUUGAAAUUCCGUAAACUUAACUUCAAUGGGGAGGGUGAACCCGAAGAACUGAUGGUGGACAACUGGCGCCCGGCUCAGCCACUGAAGAACAGGCAAAUCAAAGCUUCUUUCAAAUAAGAUGGUUCCAUAGCCUGUAUCCAAAUAA